AUGCUUUCAAGAAAAUCCUUAUCCCUAAUUUCGAAAUGUGGACAACUGAACAAACUAAGCGCACAAACUGCCUUACAGACAAGAAGACAUCUGUCUAUUCACGAAUAUAGGUCUGCUCAGCUUUUGAGAGAAUAUGAUAUUGGUACUCCAGAAGGGUUUCCGGCAUUCACCCCUGAAGAGGCAUUCGAAGCAGCCAAGAAGUUAAACACCAACAAAUUGGUCAUUAAGGCACAGGCAUUGACUGGAGGUAGAGGUAAGGGCCACUUUGACACCGGAUACAAGAGCGGCGUUCACAUGAUUGAAAGCCCUCAACAAGCGGAAGAUAUUGCAAAGGAAAUGCUGAAUCAUAAUCUGAUCACCAAACAAACGGGGGUAGCCGGGAAACCGGUAUCUGCGGUUUAUGUAGUGAAAAGGGUAGAUACCAAGCAUGAAGCUUAUCUGUCUAUUUUGAUGGAUAGACAAACUAAAAAACCGAUGAUCAUUGCAUCUAGUCAAGGUGGUAUGAAUAUUGAAGAAGUGGCUGAAAAAACCCCGGAUGCCAUAAAGAAGUUUUCCAUUGAAACAUCAAGAGGGCUGAGUCCAGAAAUGGCCAAGGAUGUCGCCAGAAGUCUUGGCUUCAGUUCUGACGCACAAGAUGAAGCGGCAAAAACUGUGUCCAAUUUGUACAAGAUAUUCAUGGAAAAAGAUGCUACUCAAGUGGAGAUCAAUCCUUUAAGCGAGAUUGAACACGACCCAACACACCAAGUCAUGUGCACAGACGCCAAAUUCGGGUUUGAUGAUAACGCAUCAUUCAGACAGGAAAAAAUAUAUUCCUGGAGAGACCUAUCGCAAGAGGACCCCGAUGAGGUCAAGGCAAAGAAGUAUGACUUGAAUUUUGUUAAGUUGAAGGGUAACAUUGGAUGUUUGGUGAAUGGUGCCGGCUUAGCUAUGGCCACAAUGGAUGUUAUCAAGUUGAAUGGGGGAGAUCCCGCAAACUUUUUGGAUUGCGGUGGUGGGGCCACGCCUGAGACUAUUAAGCAAGGUUUCGAACUGAUCUUGUCCAACAAGAACGUGGACGCAAUUUUCGUCAAUAUUUUUGGUGGUAUUGUCAGAUGCGAUUACGUUGCCUUGGGACUGGUGGAAGCUGCCAGGGAAUUAGAAGUUAGAGUCCCUAUUGUGGCACGUCUACAAGGUACCAAAGUGGAGGAGGGUCGUGACAUCAUCAAGAAAUCAGGGGUAAAGAUUUAUUCGUUCGAUGAACUAGAUCCGGCCGCUAAAAAGGUCGUGGAAUUGACACAAAGCUGA